UGAACUGGGACAAACAUUCAUUUCAACCCAGAGACGGAACGAAAAUCAAGGGCUUCUAUUGGGAAGUGAGGCUGCCAUGGCUCUGAAGAGGUCCCAUAUGGUACUUGUCCUGCUGGGGUUGUUCCUAGUGGGACUGGCCCAGCUAUCGGCCGGCAAAGAGUCUGCUGCAAAGAAGUUUCGGCGACAGCACAUGGAUACGGAGCACUUGACCGCCAACAACACCAACUACUGUAACCUCAUGAUGAAGGCCCGGAACAUGACCAAAGGGAGGUGCAAGCCUGUCAAUACUUUCAUACACGAGCCUAAGGAAAUAGUCGAUGCUGUCUGCCAGGAGAAGAACAUCACCUGCAAGAAUGGGCAGCCCAACUGUUACCAGAGUAGUUUGCCUCUGACUCUCACCCACUGCCGGCAGACUGGAGCCUCCAAAUACCCCAAUUGCCAGUAUCGAGCAUCCUAUCUUACCAAACAGAUCAUUGUGGCCUGUGAGGGGAAAGUCUAUGUGCCUGUGCAUUUUGAUGGGUAUGUGUAGGAUCAGGUCUGAUUUUGCAGAAAAGGGAAUCCCUCUAUGCCACUAUAUAGCACCUUAUUGCCCUCACUACUUACUCUUCCCUGACAAAGUGCCUGAAAUAGCACCUUCCUCUUCUGCCAUCCCUUUGCACUUCCUACCACUGGUGCAUACCUUUCCUCAAGCUUUCCGUCUCUGGGAUCCCCUCUACUUUGGGGAAUAUGUUUGUGUGUGUGUGUGUGUGUGUGUGUGUGUGUGUGUGUGUGUGUGUGUUCAGAGGAAAGUACAAGGAGAGUCCCAGAUGUUAUGCCGCUUCGCUGCUAUUCUCAAUAAAACACACCUGUGGUCCCAGGUGAAGUUGCUAAAA